AUCAAUGGCGGCACACUUGGCUCCGUCUCCUCCUCCUCCUCUCUUCUCCCAUGCUUCUCCGAUUUCUCGUAGAGCAAUGGUGACUGCUAGGUUCUCCUGCUGCUCUGAUUGGUCACGCCACAAACGCCAUUCUCUCCGCCGUGGCGCUUCGAGCCGGGAAAACUUAGACGAGGUUUUCCCGAACAAGGAGAGAUGUUGGAUUUUUCUUGUUUCUUUUCUUUGGUUUGUGGGAGAAAAAUUUGGUUUUUUUGUAUUUUUGAUUUGGAUUGAUGGCAGAUUGAAGCUGUGUCGCAGAAGAGGUUUUCUGGGAGAGGGAGGGAUGAUGGCGCUGCGUUUAAGUCUCUUGGGACGCAGAAGAAGGACCUGGGGUCUUGUUUAUGAUCUGAAGGAACCUCAGGUCAAUGAUAUAGGAGAUAUUCAAGAUGCAGCUUUUCUGAAUGCUGUUGUGAAGGUUUAUUGUACACAUACUCCCCCUGAUUACUCACUUCCUUGGCAAAAGCAACGGCAAUUUACAAGUACUGGAAGUGCUUUCAUGAUUGGUGAUGGAAAGCUUUUGACAAAUGCUCAUUGUGUUGACCAUGAUACUCAGGUCAAAGUGAAGAGAAGGGGAGAUGACACCAAGUUUGUAGCCAAGGUUUUGGCUAGAGGAAUAGAAUGUGAUAUUGCAUUGCUCUCAGUGGAAAGCGAAGAAUUUUGGAUAGGAGCUGAACCACUUCGUUUUGGACGCCUGCCUUGCCUUCAAGAUGCUGUAACUGUAGUUGGUUACCCACUUGGCGGGGAUACUAUAUCUGUUACUAAGGGUGUUGUUUCGCGAAUUGAGGUUACUUCAUAUGCUCAUGGAGCCUCUGAUCUGCUUGGCAUUCAAAUAGAUGCAGCAAUAAAUCCUGGAAAUAGCGGCGGUCCGGCCUUUAAUGACCAAGGAGAGUGCAUAGGAGUUGCAUUUCAGGUAUACAGAUCGGAAGAUGCUGAGAAUAUAGGAUAUGUAAUUCCCACUACAGUUGUGUCCCAUUUCUUAAAUGAUUAUGAAAGAAAUGGGAAAUAUACUGGGUUUCCUUCCCUAGGGGUAUUGCUUCAGAAAUUAGAGAAUCCGGCAUUACGCUCUUGCCUGAAGGUUCCCUCCAAUGAGGGUGUUUUGGUACGAAGAGUGGAGCCUACUUCAGCAGCCAGUAAAGUUUUGAAGAAGGGGGAUGUCAUCGUUAGCUUUGAUGGUGUUCAUGUAGGGUGUGAAGGAACUGUUCCAUUUCGAUCCACGGAGCGGAUUGCUUUCCGCUAUCUUAUUAGUCAGAAGUUCUCUGGUGAUGUUGCAGAGCUUGGGAUUGUCCGAGAAGGAACAUAUAUGAAAGUUCCGGUCACGUUACAUCCACGUGUGCAUUUAGUGCCAUUUCAUAUUGAAGGUGGGCAGCCGUCAUAUUUGAUUAUCGCCGGUCUUGUGUUUACGCCACUCUCUGAACCCUUGAUAGAAGAGGAAUGCGAAGAUUCAUUGGGGCUAAAAUUACUGGCAAAGGCUCGUUACUCUUUAGCAAGAUUCAAAGGAGAACAAAUUGUGAUCCUCUCACAGGUCUUAGCAAAUGAUGCAAAUAUCGGAUACGAAGAAAUGGCCAAUCAGCAGGUUCUAAAGUUAAAUGGAACUCAAAUAAGAAACAUCAGACAUCUUGCUCAUCUUGUGGACUCUUGCAAAGACAAAUACUUGAUAUUCGAGUUCGAAGACAAUUUCCUCGUGGUUUUGGAUCGGGCGGUGGCCACCGCAGCCUCACCGUGCAUUCUCAAGGAUUAUGGAAUUCCAUGUGAAAGAUCAUCUGAUUUGUCUGAGCCAUACAUCGACGACAAAUCAGAAGAUAAACAAGCAGUGAAUGAGGAAAUUGGUGAUAGCCCUGUUUCGAACAUAGAAAUCGGCUUCGAUGGUCUUUUAUGGGCAUGAUAAAUUUCUCGAGAGUGUGAUGAAGUUUUUCGCCGAUGCUUUAAUGAGAGCUUAAGCUCAUGAGUAUUUUCUUUUGCCAAUUCUGUGUUUGUACUAUAAUUAUUUGCUUCAUCUUUUUUGAAAUUUGGUUCCAUCACGUUGUAUCAAUAGAGAGAUUACUUGAUUUUCAUUCUUUUAUGCAAUGCAUUUUCAGCUUUUGUUA